GAAGCGAUGGCAUUUUGUAAUGAAAGUCUGUUGGAGUUGUGCGACAUAGAGCCGGACAAUGCGGAGGAAGUGGAGGAGAGUCUCCCAUCAGAGACUUCCUUCAUGUCUGUCACUCUGCGAGUGACUCUGGCAGCAAUUAUGAUCUUCAUGAUUACAAUCGGUUUCCUCGGCAACGCCAUUGUAUGCCUUAUCGUUUACCAGAAGCCCGCCAUGCGCUCGGCCAUCAAUCUCCUCCUUGCCACGCUGGCCUUUUCUGAUAUAAUGCUCUCGCUGCUCUGCAUGCCCUUCACUGCUGUCACCGUGGCGACAGCUGACUGGCGCUUUGGGAGCGGCUUCUGCCGUGCCUCCAUCAUGUUGUACUGGUUGUUUGUCCUGGAGGGUGUUUCCAUCCUCCUCAUCAUCAGCGUGGACCGUUUCCUCAUCAUCGUACAGCGGCAGGACAAGCUGACACCGCACAGGGCCAAGCUGCUGAUCGCAGCUUCCUGGGUGCUGAGCAUGUGCGUGGCCCUCCCAUCCGUUGUCGGUUUCAGGGCAGGGGCAGCAGGUAUUGGGGGUGCCUGGGCCCCGCAGUGCAUGCUGGGAUACAGUGAAUCUCUGGCAGACCGAGGCUACACAGUGUUGCUGGCAGUCGCGGUAUUCUUCGUGCCGUUUGGUGUCAUGCUCUACUCGUACCUGUGCAUCCUCAACACGGUGCGCCGCAACGCCCUCCGCAUCCACGACCACACCACCGACCAUUCCUGCCUGCCGGCCCUCAGCCAAGUGAGCAAGCUGGGUCUGACGGGGCUUCAGCGGCCCACUCAGGUCAAUGUGGACAUGAGCUUCAAGACCCGGGCCUUCACCACCAUCCUCAUCCUCUUCAUCGGGUUCUCAGUGUGCUGGCUGCCCCACACCGUCGUGAGCCUGCUGGCCGUGUUCAGCCGGCGCUUCUAUUACAGCCCGGCCUUCUACCCGGUCAGCGUGGGAGCUCUGUGGCUCAGCUACCUAAAGACAGUCUUCAACCCCGUCAUCUACUGCUGGAGGAUCAGGAAGUUCAGGGAGGCCUGUCUGGAGUUCAUGCCAAAAAGCUGCAGGUUGUGUCCCAGGGUGCCGGGCCGCAGCCGGAGGCGAGUGAGGCCCAGCAACAUCUACGUGUGCAGCGAGACGCAGUCAGCGGUGUGA